GUCUAUCCGAGAUGAAGGACAAUAUGAGGUAAACCUCACCCAUUGUCGUUCUGAUGUUUAAUUGUAUGGUCCAAAUGAUGAUUUCACGUAAAAGUCGGCAGACCGUUGCUUUUUUGCUGUCUUUAUCACAUGCCACAAUGGCAAUGAGCCCAAGUCACAAUCACAAAGAAAGAUCAUGAACUGAAACAACCCAAAAUAUUUUAUCACUGGACAAAAGACAAAUGACGAGGCAGUACUGGUGAAAAUAGCAUUUAAGGAGAAACCUGGCAAAAAGUAACCCAUAUGCUCAAAGCAUUAUGGGUCACUCGGUUAUUGAGGACAGUCCAAGUGAGCAACAAAUGAAAGAAAACGGUAAAAAAUGGAGAAUCACAUGCAGCUGGUUACCCAAAAGAUAUUUGUUGGCAAUCCUAAGCUUUUUGGGAUUUCUAAAUCUCUAUUUAUUGCGAGUCAAUCUCAGUGUUGCCUUAGUUGCCAUGGUUUCAAAUAAAACGAUAACCACCUCUUUUGGUUAUGUUGUUUUUACAGAGCCAGCAGAAUUUUCUUGGAGCACGAAAGAACAAGGUAUCAUCCUGAGCUCUUUCUUUUAUGGUUACAUCUUCACCCAAAUACCUUGUGGGUAUCUUGCAGCCCGUUUUGGUGGGAAAAACCUUUUUGGUGGAGGUAUUCUAAUGACAGGACUGUUUACAUUACUAACACCAUUAGCAGCAAGAAUGAGUAUUAAGUUUCUCAUAGCUGUUAGAGUGUUGCAAGGAUUAUCUCAGGGCGUCACUUUUCCAUGCAUGCAUGCGAUCUGGAGCAAAUGGGCUCCACCAAUUGAAAGAAGCAGGCUCUCAACGAUAUCUUUUUCAGGACUAUUUGCUGGAACGGUUCUUGGAAUGACAUUUUCAGGAACGAUAGCUUAUAAUCAAGGCUGGCCCGCUGUUUUCUACUUCUCUGGUCUUGUUGCAAUUAUUUGGAGUGUUUUUUGGUUUUGGAUGGUUACUGAUUCUCCUUUCCAUCAUCCUACGAUUACAGAUAUAGAACUUGAUUAUCUCAAACAGGAAUUAUCAGACGAUAAGACCGAAUUAAAAUUAACAACGGUUCCAUGGAAAGAUUUGCUCUCAUCUGGUCCUGUGUGGGCAAUUAUAAUCGCGAAUUUUACAACGAACUGGGGCAAUUACAUACUACUUACGUCACUUCCGACUUAUCUCAAGCUGGUGCUAAAGUUUGAUCUACAAAAGGCGGGGUUUCUUGCCGCACUUCCAUACAUGAUAUUGACCCUAAUGAUUCAGAUGGGGGGACAGCUUGCAGAUUAUCUACGGUCUUCGGGAAGAAUGUCAACCACUACUGUUAGAAAGCUUUUUACUGCAAUAGGGUUCAUGAGCCAAGGCGUUUUUCUGAUAGUCGUUGGGUACAGUACAAACAAAUACAUGGCCAUUUUUGCUUUAGUCAUGUCGGUCGGAUUAGGUAGCCUUGCAUGGUGUGGUUUCAUUGUCAAUCAUCUCGAUAUAGCACCGCGCUAUGCAAGCCUCAUUUUUGGAAUCAGCAACACUUUCGCUACAAUUGGAGGAAUUGUCAGUCCUCUUGUUGUUGGAUUCGUCACUACACACGAGACUAGAGAAGAAUGGCUAAUAAUAUUCAUCAUGGCAGCGGCAGUUUACGGGUUUGGAACUCUGGUUUUCUUGAUUUUUGCCUCCGGUAAGAAGCAGCUGUGGGCAGAUCCAUCUGGGUACCAAAGUAUUUCUGAAGACAACGAUGAUAAAGACAUGUUGCUGAAAGAGGGAAUCAAGGAUGAGAAAGGCACCCCAUCGGCUACCAAUGAAACUUUUUAGAUGAAGGAAGCAGAAACUCUUUUGCCAGGUGCUGUUGGCAGUUAUGGUUCAGUUUCGUUGGACACAUCUAAAGACUUAUAAACUUGUACUUUCGAGACAGCUUUAUCUCAAUUUGCUUGUUCCCAUUUCCAAUAAGGUGCAGCUCUUUUGAACUCUCAUUCUAACUAGUGUACAAGUUGUCUUCCUGCUUGUGACAAGGAUGCUCUGGUAAACUUGUCAAGUGGCAUGUUAGCGAGUUCAGAAACAUCGAAAGACCUUCUUGGCGCAGAAGAGUAUGCUGAGCGUUGCCUUCUCUAUCUAGAAAUGAAAGCUCUGAAAAUUACAGUGGUGAUUGCUUAUAUGCCUGGAUUCAGGGGGUUUCUGUGGUAAGGAGAUUUCUCAGAACCCAAAAAGUUACUACUGGCUCCCACUCUCAUAUCGUGGUACAUAUGGCUAGAUGAAAGAUGAUGGUAUCGUCUGAAUGGUUGUCCACGCUCGGGUCCUUAGAGUUCUCGGGACUGCAGAGCCCUGACAAAUGGUGAACAUGCAGUCAAUGACGGCGAAGAGGGCCAGUUAAGCAAAAGAAACUAAAGUGCCUCGCCCAAAUCCCGCCUUGUUUCAAUUAUAUUUCUUGGUUGUCUUUUAGGGAGCUCCCACCUUUGGACUCUUUCUCCCAUGGCAAUGAUGGCUUACCCCAAAUGCGCGAAAGUCACAAAUAAACAAUUCUAAAAAGGGGGCUUCUUAACAACCUUGUGUUUAUAAGAUUGUCAGACGAUAGUUUGCCAUUCAGUCGAUAUUAUUUCAUAAGGUAGUUGUGAAUAGGACGAGAGGGCAUUAAAUUGACGAGUGAAGAUCGUUGCCUGACCCUUUGAGACUGUGAAAACCUAAUUUAAUGAAAUUCCAAUUGUUUAAGUUUUUGCAAGCAAACUGUACGAUCCAACGUAUCGUCAUCAAUGAAGCUUUGUCCAAAAGUUUUAUUUGAUUGAUGAAUAAUAACAUUGCCAACCAUCGCCGAAAACCUUCUCUCCAGAGAAUACCCCAAGCACUUGCUACGGCUGGGUGAUGUUGAGUUACAAAAGCAUGGCAAAUGAAUUUCUUGCAUGUGUCUAUAUUCUUUCCAACCUAAGUUGAUACCUAAGUUGAUUACUGAACGGUUCUUGACAAUUUCUUGUCAAUGCUUGAUAAGGAACUUGGACUUACAGUGGGAGAGAGCAAUUCAAUGUUCUUCAAUUUUCGUGCUGCCUUAAAAAGACCGACAAGGUGAGUGAAAUUGCUGAACUUUAAUAAAACAACAACAAACGUUUUGAUUAUCGUCUUGCCUACUUGGAGAACCUAGCGACUUGCACAUGCGACCUAAUGCAGUGGCAUAAGAAGUAGCAUGCGUUAAUCUAAUUGGAAACGCAGUCAAAGAAAACCUGGGUGAUGCACGCAAAUCCUUAAAUCACUGUUUUUGUAGGCCAUCGUCUCCACCUAGCUUGCCCUUGGAAUUCGUGCGACAUUUAAAGAUAUCCUGUUUUGGUUGUUUUAACAUGAGUAAAUGUGUUCAAUUUUGAAAUUAUCUUCGUUCUUUGAAUUAUAACGAGCCACUGCGACAAUAAAAGCUGGUGAUUUUUAUGAACCAAACCAUAUGAGUUAACUUCAGUUAACGUAGUUAAUACAUGUUCAUAGCCAGAGCAACCUCUUUUGGGCUUCUAGUCUAGCCAAGGGUAUACCUUUUUGUAAUUUGGGUCCAUUUGUGCUGUGACAAAUUCUCGCACAUGGCUAAAACGUUUUGAAAAACAAGGGAUUGCACGAGGGUGCCUCAUUAUAACCUUCAAAAGAGAUGAUUGCCCUGCAUAGAAGAAUGGAUGGAAAAGCAACUGAGGCUGAUGAAAGAAAACUUUGGAUGAAAUUUUCAAACGAAUUGUAGACUUGAUCUUUGUGACUUAAACAAAUCUUCUUGCCUUUUUUUUUAUAUAAUAGCAUCAUUAAUCGCCAUUAAUGAAAACUACAAUCCUGGCCAAAAGAAAUGGUCGCCUCACGGUAAAAACUAGGAAAUCGGCCUUUUAGAGUAACAUUGUUUUUGCUACUGAAAAGGAGCCAUCAGUAUUUGGGAAAGUACACCUGACGAGAGAGAAAAUGAAAUGAUGGCCGUAAGGUGGAAAAUAUUUCAGUUUUCCCAUUAGAUACAAGCGGAUGAACGGAAAAACAUUCCAAAUUGUCCUCGCUGCUCUGAUAAUGAGCGGCAGCAAUAUCUAAUUUUAUAUUAUUUUAUUUGAAUAUUUUCAGAUUAUAAGGAGUUACCAAUGAGUUACCAACGAGUUACCAUAAUGAGUUACCAUGUCAAAUGGUGCUUGUCAUUUGGGAAUACGAAGAGUUAUCAUUUUCAGUAAAUAUAGAUAUCGGAUUCAUAUAUCGUACCGGAUUCAAGCGUCAUCGUGUGAACGAAGGCCUAUCCGAUAUGAAGAGCGAUCCGAUAUGAAAAGCGAUCCGA